AUGACACAGAAAUUUGAAAAUUUAAAAAAGAUCGAAAAUAAAAUAAAUGAACUUUGUUUAUUAAAAAAACUUCAAGUCGAAGCUGAGCAUCGUAAAAGAAUUAAAUGUGUCAAAACUUUACGGUUAUUUAUUAAUACCAAUGUUAUUAAAGAAAAAAUAUUUAUAAGGAUUGAUUCCAGGGUAAUUAAUGAUUUUAAGAACUCAGAAAUAAUGAAAUUUAGUGAUUUAAUUGAGAGGACAUAUAUUUUUACUGAGGAGAUUAUUCCUACAGAUGCUACUACUGAAAAUAUAUCUCUAUCAAAUCAAACUGGUAAAAAAUAUGAUAGUGAAGAUAGUGGUUAUAUCUCCCAAUGUAAACAGCCAGGUAGUAGUUUUGUUCAAGAAGGAACAUUUUGUAAGAAUGUUGAUGUUUAUGAGUGGAUCAAUCAAGAUUCUUUUAUUGAAUCUUUUGAACUUAGAUGUCCGAGUUCUAAAAUAAAUAUAAACCUUGUUUUGGUACUAAAAAAUACUCGCAACAUUUACAAGCUUAGUUUAUCUUUAGCUUCUUUACUUUCUGUAGCUUCUUCUACUAAACCUAAUUUAGUUGGUUUAUUGUACAAAUAUGUGGCUAGAAAUUCUCUUUUAGAUAAAAAUAAUGUUGUUAAGUGCGACGAAGCACUAAAAAACGUUUUUUUAAUAGAUUCAUUUGUUUUUACUGAACUACCAGAAUUAUUAGAAGAGCAUUUAUUUCCUAUUGACAAUAUUGAGUUUAAUUUUAUAUGCAAUGAUGAAAAUAAAUUUCAUUGUAUAGAUAUUCCUUUAGAAGUGGAUGACCUUUAUCAACAACCUAAAAUUUAUGACAAAGGUGUUUACGCGCUUGAAAGAAAAAUUGAUUCGGUCAGUAAAAUUAAAACCAACUUAGAGAAACGUAGUACUAUUAUAAAAGAGUUUAUUGAAUCUCCAAUAAAUUUUAUUAAUAAGUGGAUUUGUUUAGAAUUAGAAGAUUUUUCUAAUAAAACAAAUGUAUUUAGAGAUGACACAGUACAAGAAAUUAUGUAUGACUUACUUAAAGGUGUAAUUUAA